CCUUCUUCGCCUCAUACAUAAACCUACCCCAUCAUCCGACCUACUGGGGUCAAAUUACGACGUUCCCAUCUCAUUUCCGUGGGCCUCAAGGGAAAGGGUUCAGAACGUGGCAAAACCUGUGUGCCUUGUGCAAUUGUCUGUGAUACUCAAACGAAUUGCGAUACUGCCGAAACUUGCAUAAAAGGUUCCCGAUUUAAACCAGCUGGACUUAUAUACAAAGGGUUGCAUGCCCGAGACUCUCUCCCUCACAAGUUUGACUUUGUGGCAAUGGAAAAGGUGAGGCCUGAGAUGAAGGCUUCAAAGAACAGACACACCCGCCCAUGCAGAUAUUUUCAAACCAAUAGUUGUAACAAGUCCGUAGAUGAAUGCGAUUUCGCCCAUGUCAUCGCGGAUGAUAGUAUAACACAACGCCACGCUAAACUAUGUCGUUUCUACCUCGGAGGAUAUUGUAGGAAUGGCGAUAGUUGUCUAUUCCGCCAUGAUGGCAGUGGUACCGACGGCGUCGACUCUGAGAGAUGGGAAGAUGAAGUAUUGAAAGAGAGUCCUCGAAGCUUUUCCUCGGACGAAAGUAGCUGUAAAUUUACUCACUUGCCACUGUUAUGCAUACCUCCUACGAGUCUCGGCUCCCCCGGAUCCUCACCCUCCGCUUAUUGGGGGCAGAUGUAUGACGGUGUUGUAUCACCAAGAUAUUACUCAGAAGACGUCGUCCCGUAUUACUUUCCAGUCAUGAUGACUCGAAAAUCCGUGCCAAUUACUACAGUCAGGCCUGUGACGCCACAUCUUGAUCCAAGGCUUGGGGACGCAACGGCCGUUUCUCCAUCCAGGUCGAGAUCUAAAGCAAAGAUGUACAAGACAAAACCCUGUAAAUUCUACCGGACUCCCGAGGGCUGUCCGAAGGGUGGUGAAUGUACUUUUAUACAUGAAGAUUUUGAGAAACGAAUACCGAUAUCUACCACUUUUACGCGGAAUUACCGUCCUGAACUUCCUUCGAAACCUCUCUCUCCUCUUGAGGAAAGUCGUAAACGAGGAUUUUUUCCAAUAACAUGGAGAGUGAUUGGAGGCGGAGUCCUUAUGGGCGUAAACAAUUCUUCUGACACGAAUGAAGGACGGUCGACGACUUCACGAGAGCGUCCUGAACGCCCUACGGUCACCUCCGAAAAUACUCACACUGGCGUUCCAACACCAACCAAAGCACUGGAGACAAACUUCACUGAGUCUGCACCGUCGGUACCUCCAUCAGCAGUGCUUACAUGCAAUAUGAACGUGCCGAACGUACCUCAGGCUUCCUUACGAAGUUCUAGUUCGAGUCCGAGGACUCGAGCUCGAGCUAAUUCUAUUCCCUCUACGCCUUGUGCUUCGCAAGUAAACACGACAACUCUCUUUGCUGCUGCUGAACUGCCAUAAACCUUACCGGUGCUUCGACUCUUCGAUUUCUUCCUUUUUCCUACGGGCCAAAAAACUCAUUCGAUCUUCAUUUGGCCCGCGGGAACUUUGACUUUUUGUUUCUCGUUAUUCACAAGGACUCGGCUACCUCUCUUUAGACCUCCACACGUUUCCAGCUUCUAGCUUCUAGUCACUACACUGUAUUAUAAUAUAUAUGAACACCACCACCACCACGUGUAUA